AUGGACUAUAAGAAAGCUGCGGAUGAAGUUGCGGAAAAAAUUUUAUUGUACAGUCAAGAUACUUCAGGAUGGAGAGUGAUUAAAGUUUCAAAAAAUGUUACCGUUUCUUCAAAGCCUUCAAAAGAGUAUGAAGGAAAUAUAUACCGUGGAGAAGGGAUAAUUAAGGAAGUCCCUCAGAAGAUUAUUCCUUUUAUGUAUCUCCCUGAACAUCGAAACAAAUGGGACAAAGCAUUGCAAUCUUACAAACUGUUGGAAAAGAUUGACCAGGACACUGGUAUAUACCACAGUGUAACACACAGUUAUGGUAUGGGACUGAUUUCAUCAAGGGAUUUUGUUGACCUGCUGCAUGUUAAACAAUACCCUGGGGGUAUCUUUACAACUAACUCUGUCAGCGUGGAAUACUCCAGCUGCCCUCCAGCUCCCUCUUGUGUCCGAGGCUAUAACUAUCCCUGUGGAUAUGUGUGUUCUCCUUUGCCUGAGAAUCCAGAGCAUUCUAAGCUGGUUGUAUUUAUUCAGCCACAACUAGGAGGAAUGCUUCCCUCUUCUGUAGUGGAGACAGCAUUACCUGCUACUCUCAUCAACUUAAUCACUGACACGAGAGCUGGACUGCAGGGCUUGAAGGACCGUAAUUAA